CUCUCCACUCCACGCGCGCGCUUCUCCUCCGCCUCCAAUUCCCUCCUCCCGCGGAGUCGCCGGCCUCUCUCUACUCUCGUGGUUUCACAACUCUCGCCGUGAUCCGUCGCCUUCGGCCUCCCGCGAGCACGUGGUGGUGGGCUGGUGCUAGUACGGUAAUGGCGAGGACCACGCGGUCGGCGGCCACGGAGCGCGCGUACCUCCACUUCGCGCCGUCCCCGGCGCACGGCGUGGCGGUGCCUGGCCCGGCCGCCGCCGCCGCGGGCGAGGAGUUCGACGAGUCGGACAUCUGGGGCCCGCUCGCCCCGAGCGCCGCGCCGUCCGAGGCGCCGGCUCCGCGGGCCCGCCCGCUCCCGGCGCGGAAGGCGGCCGCUGCGACCAGGAAGCCCGUGCCGGCGGCGGCGUUGGUGGGCGGCGCGGGCCGGGCCGCGCACGGGUCCCUGCCGGUGAACAUCCCGGACUGGUCCAAGAUCCUGGGCGCCGAGUACCGGGGCCACCAAGCGGGCGCGGCCGGGGACUGGGAGGUGGACGAAGGCGACGACGAGGACGCCGCCGCCGACGCGGUGAUCCCGCCGCACGAGCUCGCGUGGCGGCGCCGCGCCGCGUCGCUGUCGGUGCACGAGGGGGGCGGGGUCGUCGGCAGGACGCUCAAGGUGCGGGACGCGGUGUGGAAGCGGACCACCGGGUUCCAGGACUGACCGUGACCGUGACCGUGACUGGCGUGGCGACGACUUGGACGGCGCCAUUGCGCUCCUACACAUUCUAGCUAGCUGCUUCGCUUUGACGACAGAGGAUCUAGCUUUCGAUCGGGACCGGUAGUUGAUUACCGCAGCUAGGAGUAGUGCAGUUGAUGCGGAUUUUGGUAACAUUUAACAGCGUCUUCGUUACCCUUUUUGUUGUGGGGUGAUCAUUUGAUCAGCUGUGUUUCUCCCCCGUAGCCUAGGCAUCGAGAGGAGAUCAGGGAGAGAGACGAGAGAUUCUUUGACUUGAUGUACUUGUAAGAUUGUUCAUCGUUGCGUCGCUAGUGGAUCAUCUGUAUGUUUGAACAGAGUGCAGAACACUAGCAGAGUAGCAGGUGACGUCGUCGUGUAUGACAUUGUUGCAAUUAGGUAGAGCGUCAUGCAAUGCUAUGCAAAGCGACCAAUUCGGUGUCGUUACUCGUCGACAGUAAAACUGACCUGUCGCGGAGCAGAUUUUAAUGUAGUAUAAGGCGGCUGUUCUGAUCUGUUUA